UUGUGUUAUGGUAUCAGAGCAAUCAGCUCAAUUUCUUUUUCUCUGAAAAGAAUUUUCUCGUCACUUUCUCAGCAGCCAAACACCUUUGUUCUCUCUGUUUUCUUUGAAUCUUUCAAUCUUUCUUAGCUCGUUGAGUAGCUAUUUCAAUGGCGAACACUGCAAGGUCAGAAGAUUUGCCUUCGAGUCCAUAUUACUUACAUCCUAAUGAGAAUCCAUCUCUGGUUCUCACUACUUCUCUUUUAACUGGUAACAACUUCCAUUCCUGGUCGCGAUCGAUGAGAAUGGCUCUUAUCUCCAAGAAUAAGAUCAAGUUUGUUGAUGGAUCUAUCCCUGUACCUGGAAGGGAAGAUCUUGCAUAUGAUGUUUGGGAACGUUGCAAUACAUUAGUGCUCUCAUGGCUUAUGAGAUCAUUAUCUCCAUCCAUAGCUCAAAGCGUGAUCUGGAUAGAUUAUGCUAAAGAUCUGUGGGAUGAUCUGCAUGACAGAUUUGCUCAAGGAGAUGCUGUGAGGAUCUCUGAUCUUCAGAAUGAGAUUUAUUCUUUGAAACAAGGUAAUUCUACUGUUGUUGAUUAUUUUACUCAUUUGAGGACUGUUUGGGAUGAAUUGAGCAACCUCAGGCCAGUACCUACUUGUCAUUGUAACUCUAAUUGCAGUUGUGGACUUGUUGAAACUGUGAAAAAAUAUCAUGAUCAAGAUUUUGUGAUACGAUUUCUAAAAGGUCUUAAUGACAAGUUUUAUGUGGUUCACAAAUAUUGUUAAUGGAACCCUUGCCUUCCAUAAAUCGUGCUUUUGCACUUGUGAUACAACAUGAACGAGAGAAUGGUGAGAGCACUUCUGCUCAACCACAGAUGAUUGAAUCGAAUAUUCUGUUUGCUGGAAGAGGAAAUUUUUCUGGCUACAAUCAGAAUCAGAAUGGUUAUAGACCUAACAUUGGAUUUCCUCAGUACAAUGCUUAUGGAUCUAAUGGUUCUGGACAGAAUUCCUAUGUGCCUAAUGGUUCUGGACAGAAUUCAUAUGGUUCUGGACCUAAGAAAUUUAACAACAACAACAAGAAACCUACAUGUACUUUCUGUGGAGGAUAUGGUCAUCCAGUUGAGAAAUGCUUUAAGAAGCAUGGAUACCCCCCUGGUUACAAACCACCAAACAGAUCAGUGAAUCAAGUGGAUGUGGAUUACUCUAGUCCCACCAGCAAUAGUGAAUCUUAUAUCAACAAUAGUGAUGAUGACAAUUCACCUAUGACUCUUACUAAAGAUCAGUACAAUCAGCUGAUUGGAUUGAUUCAGAAUCCUGCUGCUCAGAAUAAUAAUGCUGCUAUGCCUCAGAUAAACACAAUUGCUGCAAAUUUCAAUCAGAAGGAGGAGUCAGGACAUUAUCCAUUGGAGGACGAUUGGUUUAGCUGAACUUUGCAAUGGUUUAUAUCAGUUAGUGCAGCCUGUUGCACAAUUUUCACAUUCAAAAGAAGUCUUUGUUAAUUCUUGUAAAGUUUCUUCUGAAAACUUAUGGCACUGCAGAUUUGGCCAUCCUUCUUUUCCUAGAAUGAAAGCUUUGUCUAAACUAGAUAAUCAAAUAACUAUCAAUCAGAAUUUUGAUUGUGAUGUAUGCCAUUUGGCAAAACAAAGGAAACCUUCUUUUCCUGUAAGUGUUACUUCUGUUAACAAUUGUUUUGAUCUAAUACACAUGGACAUAUGGGGUCCUUUUUCUGU